AUUUAUAUACUAUCAAACUAUGAAAAUAGGGAAAAGGGGAGUGAGAAAAGACAGAAAACAGAAAAUAUCUAGGAAACAGUGUCAACAUGGCAACACAAGAAGGUCAAAGUUCAUCAAUCUGAAAACUUGCUCAGUGAGUUGAGCCCACUAGUGUGUAUGACUAAUCAGUGUAAUGAAAGUUAUACGGUUACCAAGGGAGUUACUAACCGCCGUUUGUAGGUUUCCUGGACCUAAAUGUAAAAAGAAGAAACGAUGGAACGGUUGAAAAGUUCAUCUACAGAAAAGAAAUCUAGACCGGGCAAUACCUUCACUACAACAGCUUCUGCCCUAUGGGCUAUAAGCGGGGAUUAGUAAGGACAGGGCCAGGACGUUAUGUUCGCCUAACAAGGUAGAAGAAGAAUUAAGCUUUGUUGAAAAAUGCCCUGAGGAAAACGGGUAUCCAAAAGGAUUUAUCCUAAAGUACAGCAUAGAAAGAGAUGAGAAAGAGAAGUAAGUAUCUAACAGUUGAAAAGAAGAAAGUUUUCAUUUGCCUCCCAUACAAAGGAGAAACUGUAUCGCAAAAGAUUGAAAAGAGGAUGAAAGGAGCAAUGAAGAUAUGUUUCCCUGCAGCCAAUCAGGUGACACUAUACAGUACUACAUGCUCUAUAAGCCAAUCGAAACUGGAUAAGUACCCUGGUGAUGUUACCUCCAACUGCGUUUAUAAAUUUACGUGCAUCUGCGGCAGCAAGUACAUUGGAAGGACAGAAAGAAGGGCUUCUAUCUGGCUUUCAGAGCAUAUUCUGAGAAACUUACGCUUAAAAGGAAGCAGAUAUUUACAAAGUGCAAUUACCAGACACCUUGUGGAUACGGGUCAUUUUGUUGAGAUUUCGAAAUCCUUCAAAAUAUUAGACAUACAAAGGACAGUCAAUCUACUACGAUUUGUUGAAGCAAGUGCAAUCAAACGUCACAGACCAAACUUAUGCACACAGAAAGAGAGUGUAGUCAAUCUCUCACUCCCUUGGUAACCGUAUAACUUUCAUUACACUGAUUAGUCAUACACACUAGUGGGCUCAACUCACUGAGCAAGUUUUCAGAUUGAUGAACUUUGACCUUCUUGUGUUGCCAUGUUGACACUGUUUCCUAGAUAUUUUCUGUUUUCUGUCUUUUCUCACUCCCCUUUUCCCUAUUUUCAUAGUUUGAUAGUAUAUAAAUUGAUGGUAACUUAAACUAUAAAUUGUAAUACUUAUAUUCCGGAUGCGUUCACCUUAUAAUGUUUU